CCUGGGUCGCCGCCACUAGCCCGGUUCUAUUGCUGCUGCUGCUGCUGCUGCUGCUGCAGCACCCCGUUUGGCUGCGCCUGCGCCGUCUGCGCUCCUCGCCGCCGCCCCCUUCCUAAGUCCCAACCUUGCGGCUUGGGCGGUUCCAGGUUCCGUCGUCUUCCCUCGCCCUCCCUCCUCCAGCGCCUGCGCUCUCCGCCGUCAGCACCUGGCAAAACAAACCGCGCUCUGGCACCCCCCGACUCCUCCCUCUUCUCUCCAUUUGCCUCCCAUCUGCACCUUCCUUUGCUCUGCAAACCCCGUUAAUCUUCCCCUUCUCCUCACCCUUUUCCCUUCUCUCGCUCUCUCACACUCAGUCGCUUGUUUGCGUCACUAGAGCAACCUGUUCGAGGCUUUCGCUAGCACUCGAACGCAACCGCUCUCGGGCGCUUCUCGCACUGGCUCGCAUCGCGUCGCUGCUGUCGCCUCGACCGACCCCUUGUCGCCUGCGCUGCGCUCUGGUCACUUGAGGCGUGUCCGACUUGCCCAAGGGCCACAUCAUCACCCCCCCUUUGCCCAAACCGCCUCUGACGACCCAGCCUGAUUACGUCAGCCGCGUCGCCUCGCCCCAUCGCGGCCCACUUGUCGCGACAUCAGCACUCCUGCCUGGGUCUGUUUCGUCGUCCGACAAACGCGAGACGACGCAUUGCAUCGCGGCCCUCUUGUCGCGGCGCAAACUUUGGACGUCGGCUCCACCCUUUCACGGGCGCAUCCAUGUUUGCGUUCUUCAAGUCCGACCCCCGGGGAAGCGAGAAGAAGGCUGCAACGCCAGUUCCAAGACCUCAUCUUCCUCAGACCGCAGUCCCGAUACCCAAGCCUGCAACGGCAUCGGUGCGCGUCUCGACUUCCAAGAGGAGUCGGGACUGCGUCGAAGAUUCCGAUGCGUCGGUAGAAGAUCCUCCGCCUGCGAAACGGACGAAGCUGGACUCGGACAGCUCGUCGGAAGGCUCAGAGACUUCUUGCGACAGUCCUUCGUCCGCCUCGACAUGUUUGUCCGGCGCUCUCGAGCAGGCGCAAGAUAUCAUCGAGCAUCAGUUUGGGCUCGAGGUGCUCCUCAAACACAAUGAGUUGAGACUAAUAAACCAGGAGCUGGCCAAGUGCCAGGUCGCCCUCGAACAGUUGCGGCGGUGCCACCUUAUCCCGUACCCUCAGAGCUGCCCUACUCCGGAUCAGAUGCUGGGCAUCAGCAGUGGUAAGGGCCCUGCGCUCGCAAGUCAGCCUGGCGAACCGAUUCCCCGGUGGGCUCCCCCAUUUGGCGUGGUCGACGGCCCCUACGCCCGGCAUUACGCGAAGUGGCUUAUCCCAGACCCGUCCUUUGAUGGCGUGCAGCCUGAGUGGCAAUUCAGCGCCGAAUACGUCCGCGGAAGAAGCUCCGUCACCACUGAAGGCAGGACGACGAGGAACAGCUUCACCGAGCCAGCCAUCACUGGCAAGGGCCGACCCAUUCGGGGCAUCGCUGGUCAGAAGCUGCAGGCGCUGUCCAGCGGCUAUCCCCAGACUAAGGACAAGGCCGGCCCUUGCGUCUUGAAGCGCUCCGAUGGGCAGACGGUCAAGCUGGUGUGCUUGGACUGCAAUCGUGAGAACUUUUCUAGCACACAGGGCUUCAUCAACCAUUGCCGGAUAGCGCACAAGCGUGACUUUAAGAGUCAUGAGGAAGCUGCCAUGCAGAGCGGCCAGCCUAUUGACGUCGCCGAACCCAACCCGUCUGCCGCCGAAGAUAAGACCCCCUCGCCCGCCUCUAGCGCCGCCUUUGUCCACCCGCUAGCUCGACAGGACAUGUCGGACCAGGAGGUGUACAUUGCUCUCCGCUCCAGGAUUCAGGAUUCCCUCAAGCUGUAUCAUGCUGGUAAGCUGCCUGGCGUUGACCGCAUACCAUCGUCCCGUCGUGCGCAGGGUGCCCCAACUGGUCCUGGUGCGCAAUCCGCCAGACCAUCCAAGUUCGCGGCCGCUUCGGAGGCGCCAUACUUAUCUCGCUUGAUGGAAAGCAGGAAUUUCAGUGGCAGCCUGCAUGAUCUCGUCGCCGACGCCAAGACCAAAGUGUCGUUCGAGGACAUCACCCCCGACGAAGACUCGGAUGCGUCUGAGACUCCUCCGUACGGCUUCCCGGGUGGUUUUGGCGCUCCUACCGCACGAACGCCAGUCGUUAUGCGAGUGCCGGCCGGUAGUGGCAAGUCACCAGCAGUGAAUACCGGAUCGGGACGCCCGAGGAGCAGCAAGGGACGCCAUCCCGAUGCGCACCUCAUGUCUCCAGCCGAUGACGCAGUGAUGCCGAAAGGCGGGCACAAUGCGGUGCUCUCUGACGAGGACAUUGACAUGGACGACGCCAACCUCAGCCCGAACACACUGAUCAGCAAUAACGCGCCGUCCCUAGUUAGUGACGAUGGCGAGUAUGAUGACUCCGAUGAGGGCUCCUCGGUAUCCGGGUCUAGCGACAACCUGGAAGACGCUUCCAUGUCGGAUGUCGCUGAGAUUACGUUGGAUGACGAACACGAGCCUCGAGCCCUCCGUCGUGGCUCCAAUAGCGUGGCGGGGCCCGUGAAACUCCGAAAGGAUGAUGCAAAGCAUGUCACCUUCAUGAGUCCCGUGAAGAACACCACUGCCAAGCAGCGAAGGUCCCGCCGUGUCUAGGGUUGAUUGUUGGCGUGAAACCGCCGCCCAAUCACCACUCUUCUAUUCUGCGAUUCCGAUUCUCUGCAUAUACGUUCCAGCGAUUCGUUCGACCGUAUCACCCUGAAAGGCUGGCUGGUUCUUUGGAUGCAUGUCAGCUUUGACGCGUCUGACGAUUAUCACUCGUACACUGUUUAUUCGCAUCCUUUUACCAUCACGCCUUACACAUUUAAAAAAAACAACAACGAAAGGCCACCGCUGAGUCGGUGGCAUGAACCAACAAGUUCAGGAAGUGGUUUUCACACUCGGUUCACAAGGAUCGGUACUACCAUCGGGCACCAAGAGUUUCAUGUUGGUUGGUUGGCAUGCGCUUGCUUUGCUUGUUGUAGAGACGUUAUGGCGCACGGGUUCUGUAUGGGGGCUUGGGCUGUUGUUUUCCAUUUUCACGAUCGCGUUGCGACGGAGCAAGGCAACAUUGCGCGAUGGUGUGUAGGAUGCCGACGACCAUGUGGCAAGCCUGGCGAGGUGUAUCAUAGAAAUGCCAGACGAAGACGCGCGUAAAUGAAGACGAUGUGGCUCUAAACGAGCUGCAUGUAUCAUUGGAAUGGGUUUCACUGCUUGUGAGAGAACUUGAUAUGUAGAGCAACGAGGCGAGACACAAACGUCAAGAGGCAAUGAAUGGUCUGCUCGCGAAAUGACAUGAUGCGUUAUACGUGGAUUUGUUAUUAAAGUAUUAACGGGUGAACUGAGACGACGUGAACCGCACCAAGCCCAUGAAAAUUACAGAAGAGCGGCCACGGCGCCGGCGAGGGCGACGAAGAGACCGCCCGCGUUGCCGGCGAGGGGCUCCGCGGCGUUGGUCUUGGUGGCGCCGGCGGACGAGCCGCCAG